AUGGCCCAACCCCUGGAUGAGAUGAGCGACGCUCGACAACCAUCUGACAUUGCAUCGUUCAACACGUCGCCAGUCUCUCAUCCAAACAUGGCAGACGAUGGCAACAAUCUGGAGUAUUCGAGUCCGAACCACGCCCAUGCCAGCCAAAACCUUGAUGUUGCUUCAGGAGUUGCAGUCCCGCUUGACCCGAUGUUGUUUCAGCAAUACGGCAACCGCAUUGAGGACGGAGAUCAUUCGAACCAGGCGAUUCUCACAAGCUACAACCAGUACUCUGGAUUGAUGGAGCCAGCAUGGGCCAACAUGUCCCAAUGCAUGCCCAGACUUGGACAACACCAAAUCUUGACGCCCCCCGUCGUGGCAAACACUGGUCCUCAGGAACAGCAAGGACAGACAGACAACUCAGGUGUCAACCGCUGGACCCCAAAGAUGGACAAAAGGCUGUUGCUCCUCAAAAAUGACGGGAAACCCCACAAAUUCAUUGCCAAAACGCUCGCUACCGAGUUCCCCUCCGCCAAAGGGUUGAAUGACAACAUGGUUGCAAAAAGACUCAGAUCUUUGCGGGAAAACGCUGCCAAUGCCACGAAAGUGGAUAAAUGCGUCAAUCGUUGUCUCCCGAAAAUGCUUCCAGUGCUGGCAGACGCGGUUGCACAAGUGGCCCAGGAGCACGGUUACGAGCACGUGGAGAAUGAGAAAGAAGACAUCGAGCUGGAGUUGAGAGCGGAACUGAAAAAGAUCAUCCAGAAGAGGAUGUUGGACCGCCAGCGACCACGAGCCACUGGUCCAGCUACAGCAGCAUCACAAACACAGAACAGGGUUACGAAACCCACCGGACGCCGAACCAGAGCACACCAUGUCAACUCCGGUAACUUAAAUUCCCAGUCCGGUAAUGCUAGUGGCUCGACGGACCCAAGCGCGCCAAAAGACUUCGGCCCUGUGGCAAACCGAGACUAG